GCCAUUAUUUCCCAGCAUAAAAGGACACACCAGUUGUAUGGGCUGUGUCUAGUAAAGAGCUGUUAUACGUUUUUUGGGCACAAACAUACUUAGCAGUAAACCAGUUGUUUUUGUUUUUCUCUCACCUAUUACUAAAUAUGAUCUAUUUCUGGCUUAUUCUUCCUUCUAUUGUAGUUGUACUUCUGUUCUAUAAAUGGAGGAGACCAGCAAACUUUCCCCCAGGUCCCUGGGCUCUGCCUAUUGUUGGGAACUUCAUGCAGGUGAAUUACAGUAACCCACUGCCAGAUCUUGAAAAGUUGGCAAGAAAAUAUGGAAAUGUCUACAGUAUAUUUCUGGGAAAUAAAUUAAUUGUAGUGUUGAAUGGGUUUCAGACUGUGAAAGAUGCUUUGGUGAAGCAUGCAGCUACAUUUUCUGACAGGCCAAAAGACCCUGUAUUUCAAAAAAUGAAUAAAGGAAAAGGUGUUGGAACAGUUACUAAUGGAGAACAAUGGAAGGAACAGAGAAAAUUUGCUCUCACAUUACUGCGAAACUUUGGUGUUGGCAAAGUGUCAAUGGAAACUAAAAUCCUAGAAGAGGCAAAGCAUCUGCUUCAAUUUUUUGAAGACAAGAAUGAUUGUCAAUUUGAUCUAAAGAAUGUUAUCAACAAUGCUAUGUCCAAUGUUAUCUGUUCCAUUUUAUUUGGUCAGCGAUUUGACUACUAUGACAAUACAUUUAGGAGGCAACUGAGGCUUCUUGAUGAAACUUUGAAGCUCAUUGGUGGAUUCUGGGGAGAGCUUUAUAAUGCAGUACCCAUUGUAAGAUGCCUUCCACUUCCUUUUCAAAAACUUUUCAGAAAUAUUCAGGAGCUCCAAGGUUUUCUGAAGACGAUAAUACAGGAACACAAAAAUACUCUGAUACCAGGAAAAGAGAGAGACUUCAUAGACUGUUAUUUAGACGAAAUUAACAAAAGAAACAAUGAUGGUUCCUCCUUUGAUGAAGAAAAUCUUCUUAUGCUAAUGGAGGAUUUGUUUAUAGGUGCUACAGACACCACAGCAAACACUAUGCGAUGGGCAUUACUGCUGAUGAUGGCUUACCCUAAUGUUCAAGAAAAGUGCUAUGAAGAAAUCAAAUUCAUUGCUAAUAAUAAGGAGUUUGUGUCUUAUGGUGACAGACUAAGGAUGCCUUAUACACAUGCUGUUGUUCACGAAAUCCAGCUUUUUGGAAAUAUAAUUCCUCUUGCCCUUCCUCAUGGUGUUUCAGAAGAUAUAUCAUUUAGAGGAUAUCUCAUUCCUCAGGGUACCAGGGUGAUAGUUAACUUGACAUCUGUCCUUCAUGAUGAAACUCAGUGGAAGUUCCCCCAUGAAUUUAAUCCUACCAACUUCCUCAAUGACAGUGGAGAGUUUGUAAAACAAGAAGCAUUUAUUCCAUUUUCCACAGGUCCAAGGGUCUGUUUAGGUGAAAACUUGGCUCGAAUGGAGAUUUUCCUCUUCUUUACAGCUUUACUGAAGCACUUUGAAUUCUACUGGCUUGAAAGAUCCACAGCACCCAACUUCACAUCCAAGUUUGGGGUAGUACAGUCACUGUAUCCCUUUAAAGUGGGACUGAAAAGAAGAAUGAACAGUUAAAACAAACAAAAAAAAAUCUGCAGAGAAAGAGUGUCAUUCUCAAACAAAAAUGUAUUUUAUUAUUAGUUUGUUGUUUAAAUAUUAGAAUAACGAACUGUGGAUAUAAUCUGCUUUCUAACAGAAAUCACAUAAAACUAGUUAAAUUCUGUCUGAGCCUUUCACAUACAAUGAAAAGCUUAAAUUGUUUCUGCUCAAGUCAAAAUGAACAGGGGUAAAUCCCUGGCAACAACAACAAUUUCCAUCAACAAACUAGUUUUUGGCCAAGUCCUACUUUCAAGAACUUAGCUGUUGUAUAGCUGGCAUGCUCACUUAAGACAACGCAUGGAAAUGUUCAUUGAAGAAAUAUUAAGAUUAACAAAUAAUACCCAUGACAGAAAAUGAGGUACUCGUGGCAUACAAUGUUUUUUUCUUUAUAGCAUCAGUACCAACUGGAUUAAUACUCAAAUGUUUUGUAUACUGCUUUUUCUGACAUUUUAUGUAUAAUUACCCAGGUUAAUAAUUUACAUUAGUUGUGAUCCACAUCAGCCCACUUUCCUGAUGAAUAAAAUAGUAAAUAAAUCAAAAUAUAUGGUGUAUAAUAUUAUUAGUUGUUAACAGAGUUAGUACUUAUAUUGCUGUUUUGUUUUAGACUCAUUGAAGUACAUAACAAAUAAUUAUCUACAACAGGAAAUGUAUUAUCAAAGUUAUGUAAUCACUGAUAUGUCUUAAUAAAGCUUUGUAUGACAGUUAGUU